AUGAGGAAGGUGUGUCAUAGCACUGCUUUGUCUGACACAGUGAAGACCUCAGAAAUCUGCAUCAUGAUGAAGUCUAUGACAUUGUUGGUGGUGUUGGCCAUGGCAGUGUUGGUUACAGCUCGACCAGACAUCCUGGACUUCGAGGGCGAGGAUCACCAGCACCAGCAGGAGGGAGACGCCGGGGAACACGUGGAAGGAUCCUACAGCUGGACGUCCCCCGAAGGCGAGGAGUUCCACGUCAAGUACGUCGCCGACGAGGACGGCUACCGGGUGCUGGAGUCGAACGCCGUGCCCGUGAACCACGACGGGACGGCGGCGGACGGCAGCCAGGGGGCCUUCGGGGAGGAAGAAGGAGGAGAGCGAUAA